GCAAUUUGGCACAGACUGACGGGCCCCCGAUAAAUAGGGAGUUCCUGCCCUCACUUACCAAUUCUGACAGGACUUUACUCCGAGCUGACCGGCACCAGGAGCUAUGGAGAAAAAACAAGCCAACAGUGGAAUACCGUCUGCUUUUGCUGGAGACAACUCGACCCAGCAGUCCAAUUUGUGGAGACCUUGGAAAGGAAAUGAGGGCGAAGCGACCCCAUUGACACCUCGUGCAUUGCAGCAGGACCUCUCCAUUUCAAAACAGUCCAAAGCUCCCCAAGUCAUCCAUCCAGUGAGGUUGUUCUGGCCGAAGUCGAGGUGUUUCGAUUAUCUGUAUCGGGACGCAGAGAUGCUGCUUCGGAACUAUCCCAUCCAAGCGACCAUCUGCCCCUAUGAAGAUUCCAGCAGCGACGAAGAAGGCGAAGAUGAAGAAGAUAUGGAAAAGCAGCAGAACUAA